AUGGGGUGCUUCAGCUCCAAGCCGGAUGACGCCAGCGUGCUGAUCAGGAGGCGGCCCGCCAGCAUCGGCGAGGUGGCCGUCUUCGUUCCGGGGCUGCGCGUCCCCGAGCCCCUGGAGCUGCCCCCGCCGCUCGCCGACAGCCUCCCCAGGCGGCUCACCGAGCGGCUGGCCGCGUCAAGGGACCGCAUCGCCAACAUGGCCGCCCGCGAGGCGCUCGCCGUCACCAAGCCCCGCAGGCGUGCCGCCACCCAGCAUGGGGCGUCAACGUCGGCUGAUCUUGUGCAGGCCUUGGAAGAGUACCUGCCAGUUAUUCUGGGGAUGGCAAAAGAUGGGAGCGAGCUCGAGGACAAGAUACAGUUUGCAUGGAUGAACCAAGAAGAUGAUGCAGAGGAGACAGCACUGCCCAGCGCCUGGUACGAGGUGCUGUCGGUUCUGCACAUGAUGGCCAUGCUCCGUUUAUCACAAGCAAACUCCCUGCUACUGCCAAAGACGUCUCUUGAAGGAUACCAUGCCAAAGUAUCUGAAGAGAACAAACGGGCUUCUGUCGAGAUAUUCCUCAAGGCGGCCGGGCACCUGGAGUGCGCCAUGCAGAAUGUUCUUCCCAGGAUGUCGCCCGAAAAGAGGAAAGGUCUUCCCGUGGACCUGUCUGAAGGGGUCCUGAAAGCUACCUGCAUGCAAGCACUCGGUCAGGCAAUUGAUGUUCAACUUGGGUUGGCAAUUGACAGUCCAAAGGCCACCCUGGCUGUCAAAAGGAGGCUGGCAUGUGAGAUGGUCAAGUGCUGGCAGCAGGCACAUGAAAGCAUCGCGGACAUACCUCUGCUCGACGGCUGGGGCGAAAAGCACAGGCUCUUUGUCAAGUGGAAGCACAUGGAAGCAAAAGCUGCGGCGUAUUACUACCACGGGCUUAUCCUCGACGAAGGCAACACCGAGAAGUCCCACCGGGCGGCCGUGGCGGCGCUGCAGUCCGCGGAGGAGUUCCUGAGGGAGAGCAGGGCCGUCUGCGAGGCCUUCCACACCGCAUCCCCCUUUUCAAGGAGCCCGACCCUAUGGGGCUCGAUGAAGUACCUCCACGACAAGAUCCACAAGGACUCCAACUGCAAAGUCCGCAUCAACAAGGACCUCUACAGCAAUGUUGACAGGACACAUGACAUGGUGCCGGCUCUGCCGGAUUUCGCGGUGGCCCUUCAGCCGGAGGAGUACCGGCUUCCUCGCACAGACGCUGCUUCUGCAAAUGACUAG